GUAACAUUUGCGCUAGUACUGAUCGUUCGAUCGGAAGAACAUCUAGGUGUGGUAGAAAAACACUGUUUAACUAAUCAUGUCACAUCUUAAGUUGGCUGUUGUGUUCACACUCUUGGCCAUUACCAGUAAAACUGAGGCACAGUGCACCGAUAAUCCAUGCGGCACCGGGGCGUCGUGUCGAUUAAAUGCCGCCGCCAUACCCGUCUGCUCGUGCCCGUUCGGUUAUCUCGGCGAUCCGUUCAAGGAGUGCAUUCGGCCGGAAUGUGUCAGUGAUGGCGACUGUACCGAGUUUCAGGGAUGCCGCAAGGGCAAGUGCGUCGAUCCGUGCGUUGUGAGCUGCGGCACGAACGCUGCGUGUACGACCAAACAUCAUGUACCUGUGUGUUACUGCCCGGAAGGAUUCACUGGUAGCCCGUUCGAACGCUGCGAUCCGCUGUAGUCCUCUGAAAAAUCCGAUCCCAUCAUUAACCCGUCCCAUUUAAUCCCGCGGAAGCAAACGGUUCGGUGCGAAGGCGAAUGAGAAUCGAAAACACGUGACACAUGCCCGUUACGUUUGGUUUGGUUUUUUUAUACAAUUUUUCGAUGAGCUUUUGCGUUCAUUCAUAGCGUUCGGGUUCUUUUAAAUACACGUUUUUGCCGAGAAA